AAGGAGCAACGGUGGCGAGAGAGAGAGAGAGAUGGCGGGAGGAAUAGGAGCAUUUUGGGCAACAAGAGUGCUGGAGAUAGUGAAGAAGCACGACUCAGGCGGCCUCGUUUGGAAGAGAAUUAAACUCACUUCUACCCGCAAAGCCAACGCCAAGAAGCGUCUCCGUCGCGUUUGGCAGAAUGAAGCUGUUUUGAGGGCAUGUUCAGAACCACCUCCUUCAAAAGCAAACGACGAAGAGAAAGACAUAGAACGACCAACAUAAUG